AUGGUUGCAACAAAAGGUGUCGCUUUUCGGGAAGGCAAACGGAACAUGGCAACGAACCUCACGCACUGUUACGUGCUUAAGGUAUUUGAAAAAGAUCAAGACGUAGGGACGCUGAAAUUAAAUCACGUAGACAAACCGCAACAAGACAAUGACCCGCUUGCCGAUAAUGUGGGGUUGCAGGAGUGGUACACUGCAUCCAAUAAACAUGUGGUAGGAGACAAGCAGUACUUUAUUCUCAAUCGGGAGCUCUCUCGCGAUAAAGUAAUCGCGCGUGGAGUUGCAUCCAGCUUUCAGGAGCAACCAGUCGGAGUUGGAACGAUCUUAAUUGAGAGGUCUGAUGCUGGAAAGAAAGUACUUACGGUUGUUGAAGACGUAUUACUCGUUCCUGGCGCAAGAAAUCCGCUGUUGUCGAUGGGGCAUGCGCUUGACGAUGGAUUUAAACUUGAAUGGAACUCCAAUGCGCACCGAUUUUACCAUAGUGAAAAAUGA